AUGUCUGCUGUCUCGAAUGCUCAGGCUAGCAAACCCUUCCUCUCGGCAGCGGACGACCUGAUCACUCGUCUCUUACUCGACUACUCGAUCUUCGGAGAGGACCGCCUCGGGAGGGCGACGGGCAAGAUUGAGGACCGUCGCGAGUUGAGGAUGAACGACGGAGAGGUCGAAACGGCGCGGCAGCUCGUGCAGCGGAUACGCCAGGGCACCAUCACUGUCAACGACGCGCUCGAGGAGUUCCUCGCUCUUUCCCCCGUCCGCUCGUUCUGUUCUCGCUGGGAAGAGGACGACGGCCCCUUGAUCUUUGCCAAUCACGCCAAACGCUACAUCCUUGCCCUACGACCCGAAUCGGGAAUCGCCUUCCACGAGACGGACCGGUACAAGAACCCCCGAAACGGUCCGCGGGGGAAGAAGCGCGCCUCUCUUCCCGCCACGACCUCGCGGCGAGACCCCGAGACGUUCAUCGAAGUCGGCGUCUUUGCCACUCGGAACUUCAAGAAGGGCGAGGUCGUCAACCUGCGUGGAGGAAUCGCCGACUUGACGGAGGAGGAGGACGACGAGAUGCGCGAUUCGGGGGGCAGGCGCGACUUUUCGGUCCUAUGGAGCGAGCGCAAGAAUUGCUUUUGCCUCCUGCUCGGACCGGCGCGCUUCGUCAAUCACGACUGCCGCAACAACGUCGAGUUCCAGCUCGUUGGCGCGAACAUGACCUUCAAGGUCCUCGAGGACAUCAAAAAGGACGAGGAGAUCUUCACACACUACGGCGAGCACUACUUCGAGAAGGACAACGCCGCCUGCCUUUGCGCGACCUGCGAGCAGCUCGAGCAAGGCGCAUUCACCUCUACGAAGAAGAAGGCGGCCGCACCAAUCGCUCCGAGGGCGGCGGCGCCGCCUACUCCUCCUACUGCACCCUCUCGCCGAUCCGGCCGCGCCGCGACUGUCGCCGCACCUAAUUACUCGGAGGACGACCCACCUUCAGGCUCGGGUCACAACGUCUUAGCGAAGCGAAGUCUCCGCGACCGCGGUCUGGCUCGCUCCUCUUCGCUCUCCUCGCUGUCCAAAGCCACUCCGACAGCUUCGCCUCGCAGCGUUCGCCCUCCCUCGUCUCGCGUCGUACCCGUUCGGAACGCCCCUUCUCCCGCCGAAGCAUUGCGCGGCAAGCCCCGCGCGGUCAUCCAGCCCAAACUCCCUCCUCCUCCCGGUUACGCCUCCGACUACGUCUGGGACUGGCGUAACCGCGUCGCUCGCUACGUCGGUCCGAGCUACAGUAAAGCGGACGUCCCUGCACUCAAGCGCAAAGGCCUUUCGCGCUCGGCUUCGGCUCCAUCGUCCCUCUCCGCACUCGGCAAGCGGCGACGCGAAGCGACCGACUCGCCUGCGCCGUCGCCGAAGGGCAAGAGCCGACUGCGCGACGAUGAGGACAGUCCGAGGCCGAAGCGCCAGCGGUCUUUGCUUGUCAAGCUGAAGCAGGUCCGGCUCGGCGAGCGCUCCUCGACGCGCAUCGCAGGCGGAUCAAUUUCAGCGCGCGAGCGGACGUUCGCCAAGUUGCAGAAGGCGCUGGGCAAGAGCGAGGGCGACGAGGACUCGGAUUUGAGCGACCCUCUGACAGAUGUCGAGGAGUCGGAAGGCGAGAAGACGGACGAGGAAGACGAUGCUGUCCAGGAACAGCUCCUCUCGCCCGCGAACGGUGCAGCCGUCCGACACGAGUCCGUGGCGAGCUCGACAGCUCCCAGCGACGGCUCGAGCGUGCCUUCCGUACUGCCCGAGGCGUCUUCCUCCGCCGACACGCCUGCUACCACCGCCUCUUCCGCCAUCUCGCUUACUCUCGAUGCGUCCGCCAUCGCCGCUCCUCGCCCAGAGUCCGUCGAAGCAGGCAUCACGACCUCAACUCCCGCCGAAGAGCUCCUCUCGCCUCCCUUGCCCGGUCUUUCCGAUGCCGACGAGGAAGACGACCGCAUCGUCCUUUGCCCCGUUCCUUCCCCGCCCAAGGCAAACGCCGCCGAUCGCCCUCGCCUGCCUCUCGCAUCUCCCUCGCAAGGGUUCUACACCUCCGCCGCCAGCACCUCCUCGAACGGGGCAUCGUCGACCUCGGCGGGGCCGGAUUUUCGGUACGGCCGUACGCCCGCGGACGGAGGCGGUAGAGGGGCGGACCCUGCUGGACCCUCGCUUCCGGCGGACAAGAUGGAAGUUGACGAGAUCGAGGAAGAGCAGGACGAGGCGAAACCUUUGACCGCCGCGUCGGGAAAAGGAAAAGCGGCCGCACCUACUGGCGAGGUGUUGGCCGCGAACAGCCCUUACCAUGCGCCAGUUGCUGCGGCAGCACUGCCCGAGACGACCGAGGACCCGGCCGAUGUGGCAGCUGCGCUGCUUCUCCUCGCCGCACUGCCUUGCGGGCCUAGCGCGCUCGCUCCGCUUUCAACAGGGUCCACGCCACCUCAGAUGGAGACCGCGUCGGAUGCGAGCGCGUCGUCCAGCAAUGCUGGCGCUUCGACUUCGCGAAUGCGACUUGACGAUCCGCCAGCGACGAAGCGGAAGAAGCGGGAGUCCGAGGAGGCGAAGCCUGCCAUCCAUCCCUCGCUCAACCCUCGCUCGACACGACGACACUCCAAGCUACCCGAACAGGAACCUGUUGCGCCCAGUUCGCCCCCUGCUGCCGUCCGUCGCGCGAAGCGCAGCGAUGCGACCAGUCAGACGGUAGAAGGACCUUCGGCGUCGACUCCAACGUCGCGGCGGACUCGUUCGCAGCCCCUGCCAGGAAAGCUCGAGGACGUGCUGUCGGCGCCGGAAACGCUCGCUGCAACCGGUGGUUUCGACUGGGCGAAAGGCCGAUACAUCUCGAAGCACGAAGCGCUGCGCAACCCGUCGGCCAAUCCUGGACCCCCUCCUCGGUCGACUCGAACACCGUCGCCUUCUCCACCGCCGCAGCGCAAGACGUCCUCUCGUCAAGCUGCCGCACCCGCAAGACCACGGUCAGCGGCACGCUCGACACCCGCGCCCGUCGUUGGUCCGCCGCGGCUCACCUCGCCCAUCGUCGCACCCGAUGGUGUCCGAGCGACUCGCAAGUCCUUCCCAAUGGAGGGAGUCAAGUUGGCCGAGAUCGUGUACUCGCGAGAGGCUCGUUUGGCGGCUGGAGGAUGGGACCCCUCGGUCGGCAAGUACGUUUCGGCGGCUGCAGGAGCGAACACGCCGGAGCCAGCCGAACCUGGAUCUUCGUACAGCGCCGCUCGCGCUCGUCAGCAAACGCCCACGCUCGCUCCCGCCCUUACCUCUUCCCAUGGCGAAUCACGCAUCCACUCGUCAGGUCGCCAGGUUGCACCACCUGAUGGCAAGCGGUCGACGCGCAAGUCUUUUCCGAUGGAAGGCGUCAAGCUCGCCGAUCUCGUUUACUCCGAAGACGCCCUUCGAGCUGCUGGCGGCGGAUGGGAUCCGGUGCUUGAAAAGUACGUUCGCACGACGUCGCGGCCAGGUGUGGUCGCCCCCGAAGCUUCGACGAGUCAAGCCCGCCUCCCCUCCGUCUCGCUGCCCUCCACCACCGACGGCAAGCGCUCGACGCGCGCCUCGCUUCCCCUCGCAGACGUCAAGGUAGCCGACCUCGUCCAUUCUCCUGCAGCCAGACACGCUCUCGGUGGAUGGGACCCCCUCACGAAGCGCUACACUCCGGCUGGCUCGCGGAAGACGGCAGCGGCGGAAUAG